UUCUCCGCAACAAUUUCAAACGAUCUUUCAAAGCAUAAAGACUCUCUCUUUAUGGCUCUAUCUAUAUCACUCGCCUGAAACCUCUCUUUCGACUUUCUUUCUUUCCUCUCAUUCUCUCCCCAUUUUCCCUUUUCUUGCUCUGCGAACCUGGGGCUGAGAUUGCCUUCUUGUAGAGUCAAGAAAGAAGUCUACAAGAAAGCAAAGAGAAACGCAAAGAAAGAGUCAUUUUGAAUUCGCGUUCAAAAACCGCUACUAGGCUUGAAUUUUUAACGCACAAUGUCAAACCAGAAUCGUCGUCCCUCGUUUUCGUCCUCGACAACAUCGUCGUUGGCGAAACGGCAUGCGUCGUCGUCGUCGGAGAUUGUGGGGAAGCUCACGGCCCUGCCUCCACACAUGGCCAAGAAGCGAGCGCCUCUCGCUAACGUGACCAAUCUAAAGAAUGUGUCUCACACUGCUUCCCGGAACCCUCUCCCAUCAUCAACUCUGGUACCUGGUGCAACUAAAAUCGCUAAGACAAACAGGGAAUCCACCUCGUCAAAUGUUAAAUCAAGUGCAGUUGUUUUCCCCAAGGCUAGUCCAUUUGCACAAAAAGAUGAAGCUGCUCCUACAAUUGCAGCUCUCACCGCUCCAGUUGCUGCCAAUUUGGAUGCAAAAUCAAGUGCCACUGAUUUUCCUAAGGUUGCUUCUUCUCUACAAAAAUCUGAAGCCGCUCCCGCAGUUUGUAAUUCCACCGUCCCUCUUACUAGCAGCAUGGAUGUUUCUCCUAGUAAAUCAGAUGGGAUGUCAGUCUCUAUGGAUGAGACUAUGUCUACUUGCGAUUCUUUCAACAGUCCUGAAGUUGAAUAUAUGGACAGCAACGAUGUUUCCGCUGUUGACUCUAUUGGUAGAAAGACAUUGAGCAUUCUGAACAUUUCUGAUAAUACAGAUGGAACAACAGGCAACAUUUGUAACAGAGACAUACUUGUUGAGUUGGAGAGAGAAGACAAAAUUGCCAAUAUCGAUAACAAAUACAUGGAUCCACAGCUGUGUGCGACCUUCGCUUGUGACAUCUACAAGCAUCUGCGUGCAUCUGAGGCAAAGAAAAGGCCUUCCGCAGAUUACAUGGAGAGAGUUCAAAAGGACAUAAAUCCCAGCAUGCGUGCUAUAUUGAUUGACUGGCUUGUUGAGGUGGCUGAAGAGUAUCGACUCGUGCCUGAUACAUUGUAUUUGACAGUGAACUACAUAGAUCGGUAUCUUUCAGGGAAUGCUAUGAACAGGCAAAAACUUCAAUUACUCGGAGUUUCCUGCAUGAUGAUUGCCUCCAAGUAUGAGGAGAUUUGCGCGCCUCAGGUCGAAGAAUUUUGUUACAUAACUGAUAACACAUACUUCAAGGAGGAGGUUUUGCAGAUGGAAUCUGCGGUGUUGAAUUUUCUGAAGUUCGAAAUGACGGCCCCAACAAUUAAAUGUUUCUUGAGACGAUUCGUUCGCGCAGCUCAGGGAGUGAAUGAGGUACAAUGCUGCCUGUCUCUUAAAACAUCUCAAUUUCUUAGAAUUACUAGCAUUCUUAUGAUGGAUUUUUUGUGGAUUUCUCAGGUCCCAUCAUUGCAAUUAGAAUGCUUGGCCAACUACAUCGCCGAACUGUCUCUCUUGGAGUACAGCAUGCUUUGCUAUGCCCCUUCACUUACAGCUGCUUCUGCAAUUUUCCUCGCCAAGUAUCUACUCUUCCCUUCAACCAAGCCCUGGAACUCUACAUUGCAACACUAUACGCUUUACCAGCCUUGUGAUUUGUGCGACUGCGUCAGGGAUCUCCAUCGUCUCUGUUGUAACACCCACAGUUCUAAUUUACCCGCAAUCCGAGAGAAAUACAGUCAGCACAAGUACAAAUACGUGGCUAAGAAGUACAUUCGUCCGUCAAUACCUCAAGAAUUUUUCCAGAAUUGAGCAGAGAGGAAUCCGCCGUUAAUUGUCCAAUUCUCGGUUGGAUUGGCUUAGUAGCUUAACAUGACUAGACUAAGCGUCAGCGUAGGAUUCUUCUUUCUUUCUCCCGUCUACCCUGUAUAAUCAA